UCGUUUCAGAAAUCAUCUCGACCUCAUCGCGUUUUGGCCCAGUCCAACGCAGGCACGCACGUACGCACGUAGAGGCAUCCGCUCCGACGCAUCGUGCCGCUGUUUGGUUUUGGUUAUUCUGUUGCUCUGGCGCAUCCGCUGCACCUUUCCUUCCCAUUUAUGAAGGCUACGUUGCAUCCCUACGCUGCUGCACCAUGAAGUUCCUCGAGUAUACCCCGCUUGCUCGAAUAAACGCUUUUCUCUCGCAUGUUGAUGUGGGAGGAUGCAUGAUUCAAGGUGGCUUGGAGGCAUACUCAUGCAAGCUUGCAGGAGUUGAUAAGAAGCUGUCACGAAGUUUGGAGCAAGAGGUUGUGGAUUCAUUGGCAUAUUUACCCUUUGACCUCUCCACUUCGCCUGUUGGGUCCCUUUCUAGUACUGCAAGUCGCAGGACACUAAUUUACCUGAUUUUGACCUUGAAUCAUAUGUAUCCUGACUACGAUUUCAGUAUGUUGCGACCCCAGCACUUCAUUAAAGAACAUGGAGUUUUUGCUGCAAAGCAAAAGAUUGACGUAUCUUUGGUUGAGGCAUCCAAGAUUUGGUUCACAGAAGUUGGCGAAGAAACAACAUUGAUGGACAGCAUAUGGAAUGCCAUUGAUGAGGUGAUGACUUUGGAGGAUUGUGAAGUAUACAGUUAUUCUCCUGAUGCUGAAGGGGAUCCUUUUGCUGAUACUGGCAGCAUAUGGUCUUUUAACUACUUCUUUUACAACAAGAAGCAGAAGCGCAUACUCUAUUUCAGUUCACGAUGUGCAAGCAAGUUAUCCAUGGAUAUGACUUCAAGCGAUGAUGGAUCUGCCGAGUGGGACUUCGACUUUGUGGAUGGCAUGGACCUUGAAGGUUGAGGGGGAAGCCACCUUCUGUUAAUUCGCAGUAUAUUUUGUGUUCAUAGCUUGUACAUAACACGAAAAAGUUAAUGGUAGAUGUAAUCGCACUGUAUUGUACCGUUACGGAAGCCGGCUUAGAAUGACGAUAUAGUGUUGCAUAACUUUCCCCCAUUCAACCGGGAUUGUAUUAAUCAACUCCUCUUUCCUUUUUAGUUUUUACCUUA